AUGUCCGUUCAACUUGCCCUCGGCCUACCUGUCGAAAUCUUCUCGCAGAUCUUGCAGUCUGGGGAUGCCAAGACGAUCUACCGCAGCAGGCUAGUGUCGCAGGUGUGGAGGAGAACAAUCGACGAGGACGAGGCGAUCUGGCGAAGCGUAGCCCUGCAGUGGAAGAUCAUUCCCGCACUCGAUGCGCAGCUCCCCUCGGCUGAGCUUGAUAAGACGCCCUUGGAUGCGCGUGCGCAGGUGGCAUCGGAUAGCACGCUGAGCGGAACUGCCUACUUUGACGAGCUCACAUCGCGCAAAGACCUCUGCGACAGAUAUGUGCGUCUUUGUGCAGAUUGGUCGCUAUCGGAGCAUCAUCUUCGCGACUCCUUUGUCUCGGGACGUAUGAUCAUCUACGGACCCAUGGGGACUGGUCAAGCAUGGCAAUCCAGAACAGAUCUGAUCACAACGAGUAGAUCUGGCACCUUGUUCAUGGCGACAGGUCGGCAUGACGAUACGUUCUACUGGGUGCGAGAAGUAUCGAUCAAGAUUGCGAUGGAGAAUGGCAUCACGACGAAAGGACUAGAUUAUCCACCGCAAGCCCAUGUUUCCCGCCAUCGCGUUGAUACAAGAGGAGGUGUGCACGCAAGACUUUACGGGAGCACGUGGUGCGAGAUAUUCGUACGGGAAGAUGACGGCACGUGCUUGGACUUUUGGCAGAGAACGGAGCAGGGGCUCGUCAAGAGCGGAAGCGUCAAAGUUUGUGAGGAUUACCUAAAGGGCUGGAAGCUUGCGGUCCACUAUCCAUACUGCAUUGCAAUUCCACGGAUCACCGUAUCAGCCAGAAUUCAACGACGAGAUGUGUUCAAGAUUGACAUGCGAACGCAUGAAAACGUCGCAAGCUUACUUGACGGAUCUAUCUCGGAAUGGGCCCGCGUACAGAGUGUGGACUUCGAUACAGAAGCAAAGAUUCUUGUGAUUACCUAUGGAGAUCGGGUCGUCGUCUAUUCUACCGAAGACUGGUCUGUACUUUCAACCGAUGUGUGUCAUCCCCUUUCGCUUUCCAUCACCAAGCGUCCGGCGCAAUCCGGGUCAGGUGGAGUUGACCUGCACGCGUCGCAAGUCUCGGUCGGAACUAUCCACUUGCCUUCCGUUCUAGCGAAGGGCUUGGCGCUGCCACAAAGUAGCUGUACUUCUCUCGAAGUGGAAUGGCAGAAGGCCCAAGAUUUGACGGCAGAGCAAGGCAGCUCCUUCGGAGAGUGAGUAUUGAUCACAAGUACCCUCACAUGCUCAUCGUUGACCCAGAGCGAUUCCAACAGGUCACUGGAAAAUUUGAUCAAGUGCCCAUUGGUGAGUCCGGCUAGUAUGCGUGCCGCAGGGAUAACUCUGAAAGGUCUUUUGUGUUGCAACCCAAGGAAAGCAAAUCUGAACAUCUAUACCACAGCUCAGCACCGGAAGUCAGGACAGUCCACCUGGAUCGGCAUACGGAUACUCUCAUCUCAGUUCUUUGGUGGGGCGUCACCCUCGUGAGACCGUACUCUGCGAUCCACGGAGACCAUUCGACUCUGAAUGUGGCAUUCUUGCGGUGCUCUGCCGGAGCAACUCCGAUCUAUUUGGACACGGUCAAGUCGAGCUUCGGGGAAGGAAAGUUCGUGCAAGUCAUGAGACAUUUGCCGUUCAGUGAGGGACGGGAGACGCAGCACACUUUCGUCAUCGACCUCAACGAUCGCCGCUUGGAUACAGCAUGGCAGCCAACGAAGCACGUAUUUGAAAAUGUCAAGGCUGUCCACGUUGCCAGAGAGUCGUUUCGACAUUACGACAAUGACUACAGUGCUAGCGAUGGUGAUCAGUACUCGGAAUAUGUCACCGACGACCUUGUCGAUGUUCAUAUCGACGCAACGACUGUCUACUUGCUUCGAUGCGUCUCUGGAUUGACCUACUACGACUUUGGAGGCCGGAUCAACGUGCCAAAGCAGGCAGCUGAAGGCGGACCUGCAAGGCACAUCAUUGGAGAAGAUCAGCGCACGCGCGUGUACUAG